UGAAGAUUGGGAAACGUCUCUGUUGACAAAAAAAAUCAGACUAAUCGACAAAAACCGUCCCGAUUCAUCUUAUCUGCUCUGCUCUUCACUCUACUUACUCAUCACUCCCAUUCGCCAUCUCCAAGCCACAACCACAACAAAUGGCCGAAACCGCCACCAACACCACCACUACGCGGCCUCUCAAAGUCAUUACUGGAGCGGACGCUUACGGCUGCACUCUAAAAGACGCUCUCGUUUCUCACCUCCGAUCUCUCAACAUAGACGUCGAAGACCUUGGCACUUCCUCCUACUACUCAAUCGCUGCCGAGGUCGGCCGCCGUGUCUCCGCUGCCAACUCCAAAUCUCCUUCCUCACCUUCUCCUGAAAUCCGCGGUCUUGUCGCCUGUGGAACUGGCGUUGGUGUCUCCAUCUUCGCCAACAAAUUCCCCGGCGUUUUCGCCAACACCUGUCUUUCCACCGCCGAUGCAAUCAACACUCGAUCUAUUAACAAUUGCAAUGUCCUCGCCGUAUCCGGCCUGGCUACAACUCCAGAAUCUGGCAUAGAAAUUCUUGACGCUUGGCUUAAUACUCCUUUCAAAGCUCCAUGUCCUGCUUUUGGUUCCACUCCUUAUAAUGAAGAAAUAUCUUCUUUUCUUGAUAACUCUCUUGUAGAAAUGCCAAAAAUUGGACAAGAAGAUAAGAAAGAAGAAACGUCAACUUUAAAUCCUUGUGCUUUAUGUUGUUUAGUCAAGAACAGAAAGCUAGAUCCUAUUGACAUAAUUCCAGGUGGUUCGAUGAAGAUAGUAAGGGAAAGUCCAACAUCAGCCUUUGUAAGCUUUAAAGCAGGGAGUGUAGAGCCAGCACAUCACCAUACAUUUGGGCAUGAUUUGGUGGUGAUUAAAGGAAGCAAGAGAGUGUGGAAUUUGAGCAAGAAGACGAAAUAUGAUUUGGUUGUUGGUGAUUAUUUGUUUACUCCAGCUGGGGAUGUGCAUAGAGUCAAGUAUUUUGAGGAUACUGAGUUUUUCAUCAAGUGGGAAGGGCAGUGGGAUAUUUUCUUUGAUGAAGAUCUUGAAGUUGCUAAAAGUGCUAUCGAGAAAGAAGCAGAGGAUGGAUUUCAGUGGAUAAAGUAAGGAUUUUGAGCUGUGUUUGUCUUUCUUUUGUAUAAUGCCUGCUAUGUGUUUGUUGUUUGGCUCUUUGAUUAUUUUAAUUGAGUCAUCUGUAUGUUGAGAGUAUGGAGAUGAGGUCUGUUUUAAUUUGCCGUUGGUCAGUAUCCUUGUUUGGAUGUUAAUACAUAGAUAAAAAUUUGUAUAUCAGAAGCAGGGACUAUGAAUAAAUGUUACUAGAGUGUAAUUCAGUU